UGUUGUACGUGUGCUGACAGCGGAACUGAACAAUCGAGAGGGAGGCUAUCUGCUAGAAACCAACACAACAAGAUGGAGGUGGAGCAGCUCCUGUCUCUGUCAGGCUCAGCACUGGCCCAGGCUGUCAGCUCCCUGCUGGAGACCCCAGGCCUCUACGUCUUCUCUGACAUCCUGGAGCUGCCUAAUGUCAGAGAGCUGGAGAAUGGCCCUCAUGCACCAAUGUACCAGCUCCUCAACCUCUUUGCCUAUGGAACCUACUGCGACUACAAAGAGAGAGCAGCCUCUCUUCCAGAGUUGACCCCAGCGCAGAGAAACAAACUCCGCCACCUGUCCAUCAUCAGCCUGGCAUCCAACCUCAAGUGCCUGCCGUACUCACUGCUCCUCCAGCAGCUCGAGCUGAAGAAUGUGCGGGAGCUAGAGGACCUGCUGAUCGACGCCGUUUACUGUGACAUCAUCCAGGGCAAACUGGACCAGAGGAACCAGCAGGUAGAGGUAGACUGCAGCGUGGGUCGUGACCUUGGUCCCAACGAGCUCCCAAACAUAGUCAACACGCUGCAGGAAUGGUGCACAGGGUGUGAGGCAGUGCUGUGUGGUAUUGAGGAGCAGGUCUCGAGGGCAAACCAAUACAGAGAGAGCCAGUUGAAAGUCAAAGUCCAAGUGGAAACAGAGGUGUCAAACCUACAGAAAACGUUAAAGGCCAGCGCCGCCUCUCCGUCGUCAGGUCCCGCCCCCGCCGGAGCUGCCUCCAAUCAGGACGCAGACCAACCCGCAGAGCCACGAGACCCCGCCUCCUCUCAGGAACCCCGACAACCAGGCAAAAAAAGUUCAAAGGUGAAAGGGCUGCGUGGCAGUGGGAAGAUCUGGUCCAAAUCCAACUAAAGACAAGAGACUGAGAUGUGGAGACGGAGGCACUGAUAGACACUCACUGAUUAACGGACACAUGGACACGUUGACGGAUAUACGGAUGUUCACGGACACCUUCGUCUUAUACACACUCGUCACAGUAAAACCAGGAAACUUCAUGGGAACUUUUCUUUUCACCACGUCUCACCUUGACGGAUUCGGAAACAAGCACUGGCUGAUGGAAAAUGACAGGUGUGACAUCCACUUUUGCAGUUGUUAAUAGCCUAACUGGCGGACUGUCAGUGUACACACACACACUCACAUACACAAGUUUCCUCUAACACAUAAAGACACAACAGUCUGCAGCAAGAGUCAGUUGCCUUUGACCAGAAACAGGAUCUGUGUAUUUGACGCGUAUGUGUGCAUCUCUAUUGGUUUAAAAUGUUCUUUUAGUUUCGAUUAAUUCUUUGUUGCUUUGUUGUUGUUUUUUUCUCUCUGCUGAGUUGAGACAUGUAUAAAAUCAGAAUAUAAAUUGUCGGGAAAUAAAACGAAGCCCUGUACUUAC